GGUUUUUGCUUAGAGCCCCGAAGGUGGGAAGUAGUAAGCCUGCUCUGGUCUAGACCGGACCGGGCUUUUUCAAAGAGAGAAUCCGAAGGUGGGAAGCAGUAUGCCCGCUCUGCUCUAACUCCAAACCCUAACCCUAAUUUGAGAUAAAGAGAAGAAGAAGGAAAAAGGUGAGAAUCUGAAACCGUGAGUGGUGCUUUGUGUAUUGCAAUGUUGUUGGACGAAAGUAAAUUUGAUUUGCAGUUGAAAUUAUGGGCGCUUCGAAUCCCUAGCCAACUCUGCAAGGUUGCUUCUAGGAUUCUAAACGGAUAUUUGCUUGACAAACCCCGUGUUAAACCUAUAACAGAAGAUCCGACAUGUGAGACAAACCGUUACAUUAUAUUGUCUGAAAGAAUUCAAAAUCCUGAUUUAUCUGAUAUUCCAGAGGAUAAACGUGAUGAACUGAAGGUGCUAUGCAAGAUUGAAGUAGUUCCAUAUUCAUUGACACUUGGAUAUUCUUAUUGGAGUGCAGACCAUGUGUUGAAGCAGAUUCUUCCUGAUGGAGUUGAGGUCCCUUCAUCCUUUGAAACAAUAGGUCACAUUGCCCAUCUGAAUAUAACCGGUGAACUACUUCCCUACAAGGAUGUCAUUGCGAAGGUCAUCUAUGAUAAAAAUUAUCCUAGAAUCAAAACAGUUGUUAAUAAAGUUGGAACCAUUACGAAUGAGUUCCGGGUGCCAAAGUUUGAAAUUCUAGUGGGAAAAGAUGAUAUGGUUACAGAGGUGAAGCAAUACCGGGCAACAUUCAAGCUGGAUUACAGCUUGGUCUAUUGGAACUCAAGAUUGGAACAUGAACACAUGAGGCUGGUUUCUCAGUUCCGACCAGGGCAGAUAAUUUGUGACAUGUUUUCUGGUGUUGGUCCUUUUGCCAUUCCAGCAGCACAGAAAGGAUGUCUAGUGUAUGCAAAUGAUUUAAAUCCAGAUAGCAUCCGUUAUUUGAAGAUUAAUGCAAAAAUCAACAAGGUUGAUGAUAAUAUUUGGGCUUAUAACAUGGAUGCAAGGAAAUUCAUUUCUCAAUUGAUGGAAGUGCCAGUUCAUGAGAUUCUUCCAGAACCUGAUGUUCCUGUUCUCAAAGCUACUGAGGAAUGCAGUAUUCAGGCUAAUGUGCAAACAGAGUCACAAAAUGGAGGACUAACUGUUGAGGCGAUAGGAGUACAUAGUGAUGAUUCAAGUAAUAUGGAUGGUAUAGAAGGAUCGUGUGCGGCUGCUGAUGAUACUGUGGCUGCUGUUAAGAAGUAUUCUGGAAGUUGUGAGGAAGAAAAUGGAACUUCUGAUAAUGCUGGUGUUUCUGUGGUGGGUAGGAGGAAAGAUCGCAUGAAUAAGAGGAUGCGAGGCUCUGAAUCAUCAUCCAACAUCAAGCCCUGGGAACAUGUUGAUCAUGUCAUAAUGAAUCUACCUGCUUCUGCCAUACAAUUUCUCGAUGCAUUUAGAGGCCUCAUUCAGAGGAAAUACUGGAAGGGAUCUUUACCUUGGAUUCACUGCUAUUGCUUCAUCCGGGCAAAUGAAACAAAUGAAAUGAUUAUUUCUGAGGCAGAGACUGCUUUGAAUGCAAGUAUACAAGAACCAAUACUUCACAGGGUUAGGGAUGUUGCUCCAAACAAGGCAAUGUUUUGUUUAAGCUUUAGGCUGUCAGAGGAAGCAUGCUUCAAAGAAGAUGCCACCAAGAGUUUGCUUGAUUCUUCUGGAGACUUAUAGGCACUCUUAAGAACUGAGGACCCAGGGUUGGGCCUGACAGUAUCUCUGUUUCUAAACCCAAAUGAGGUGGGUUUUAUUCUUGUUAACCUAAUCUAACACAAAAUGAAAGCAUAAACGAAUAAAAAAGAGAGCCUAUGUGAUUUGAGAAAUUAAAUUAAUCCAUGGAGGAACUUUGAGCA